UCACCUUCAAAGACAAACCACCGACAACAUCCGAAUUCUCACAACCAUGCUCUGGAAGCAUCUUGCCGCCACUGGCCUGGCGGUGACCACGGCCCAAGCCUCUCUCGUGGUUCCCGACGUCUUCCUCGAUGACUUCAUCAAAGCCCUUCCUGUCGUCCACGCCGACAGCCCAGCACAACCCGUACAGGAGCAGACUAUCAAGCUUGAGUGUCCCGGGUGCCCAGUCCAGCUGCGGCGUGGGGAAGGGCGGUGGGAUACCAAGACCGACAUUGAAAACUACCUCGAGUUGAAAUUCGCCAUCGAUACCACUACCGACGCCGCCGACCGUCUGCUCGUCAACGAGUUUGAGAUCUACCCGGAUUCCGCCCCUUGGUACUCUUCGCUGAGCGCCCCGCAAAUCCUCGAGUUCACUCAGGCGGUCACCAGCCACCGGCACAAGGGGCGCCCUUUGCCCCGGCCUCUGGGCUACGGCCUGUCCAUCCGACCUGUCGUGACAGAGGAGGAUGGCGGCGAGGAGGUGGAGCUCAUCGAGAUCGAUCUCCAGGUCAUCGAGGUCGGAAAUAGCUUUGUUCAGGGCAUUCCCAACGUCAAGGUACAACUGCUUCGCACCGCCAGCGGCAAGCUUUUGAUCGCUUCCGCCGAGAAGACUGCUUCCACCACCGCCCCUGCCGAAACCCCGAGCGGUGACGACGUCGAGUGCGAGACUACAUACUGCAGGUGGCGCUCUGCCGUCAUGAAGGGCCUUAAGAACAUGCAACACCACUGCGGCGGCGCUGUUCAGACCUCCUCGCAGGGUGCUGACCAGUCUGGCCAUACUCACGAGCACAUGCCUGGACAGUACAAGAAGCACCACACUUGGGCCCGCUUGGUCAAGAACGUGACUUGGAGCAUCCUGCUUCCCGUCAUCAUCGGUCUCGUCGCCGGUAUCAGCGUCAGCAUUUUCGGCAUGCUGGUCGGCACUGUCGUCAUCUUCCUCUGGCGCGUCCUUGUUCGCCGCCAGUCCCCCUGGGUGCGCCGCCAGUGCCGCCGCCGCGGCCAUUCUUGCUCCAAGGCCUCUCGGCGCGAGACUGCCGCCGCCGCCGAAGAGAAAGUAGCUCUUAUGGAGAGUCAGGAUGACGACGUUGCCCAUCUCCCCCCGUACGAGGAGAACCGCAACACGGCUCAGCCCUGAUCAUAUUCUUCCCUUCCGUACAUGGUAUUCGCCUCGACGUGUCGUGGAACGGAAACAAGUAAAAGAAAAGAAGAA